ACUAGCUACGUGUUCCGCUGGCUUGCAAUUCCAUGGCUCCAGGCUGAGCUUGAUGCAUGGGCUCAUCGUAGAAACCAUAACGCUCCCCGCAGGGACAAAAAUAAGAUUCUUCCUCACGGCAUUCCAGCAAUCAUUCGUGCGAAACCUCACGAAUUCAAUUCACUUGACUUCAAAGUUCCAGUGCCAAGUGCGCUCUUUGAUGAGGUCGAAGCAAUUUAUGCUCCCUCUGAUCAUCCUGUCUUCGAUCUUGUCCCACCUUCAUUCGAGCAACGCGCACAAUAUCUCUAUACCUCACUCGGCAACCCGCAAGUGUCGUCGGAUUCAUUCUGGAAUGUAUAUCAGAUGUUACUGGCGCAGUUCCUCGCAAUUGAAGGUGAAGAUGACCUGACAGUCCUGCUUUCGCAGGGAGUUACGGAACCUGAAGAUGAUGAUGUUCUAUUGCUUCCGAGCUUGCAGGACCUCCCUCGAAAUGCUGGCUUAGUAGGA